GUCGGACAGUAAAUACAGCCGUGCUCCUGUGUGACGUCACUUCCGUAAUAAACAUCAGCGAUACUGAGAAGAGUGUGGGGUAACACAACGUUAAUGCUCAGCCCAACUGGGUAAUGUUCUGGAUGUAUGUGCUGUGGGACGGAUAUAAGUACACCAAGAGGAAGUGAUAUAUGCUAAGAAGGUUUAUAACGUUAUAAUGACGCACUCGUAAAGGUCGCUCCUCCUGAAGCUGCCAGUUUGAACGCCUCAGCUGAGCUCAUCUGCUGCCUGGAUCCCUUAUUACACUCUGUAGUGAAUCUCCUACCAAAAUGAGCAAGGACGUUCCUAUCCACAGCUGGCCCGGCUCCUAUUACAUUACCAGUGAGAAGCGGUGGGCGACUGGCACCCUGUCCCUCACCAGGACCAUGGUGCGCUUCGCCUCUAACCAGAGUAAGGAGAGUCUUACCAGCUUCCGCCUCUCCAGGAUCAUGGAGAUCAAGAUGGAGUCGUCCAGCUUCAUCUUCAGCACUCUCACAGUGCUUGAAGAGGGCAAUGUGAAACACUGGUUUGGUUCCCUUAAGCCCAACAGGGUGGUGGUCUAUAAUGUGUUAGAGCAUUUCUGGAGAGAACGCCUCCUGUCCCCCAGCUCAGAGGCCAGUGGGGCCGAAUGUCAACCCUCUAAGGGCAGCAAGCUGAUCAACCUGGUGGCAGGGGCCCAGAGAAGACUGGAGGACACCGGCAGAGUCCUCAGCCACCAAGGAGAGCAGUUUGACAAUGCGAUGCAGGGACUGGAGAAGAUUGACUCUGAUCUGGGCGUGGCUGAUAAGCUUUUGUCAGAGCUGGAAUCGCCCGCAUGGUGGCCUUUUGGUAAACUCCCCUGGAAAACUCAGCAGGAAGCCAAGGCUCAGGACGCUGCAAGAGCUGCCGCUGCUUCAGCAGCUGGCAAAGGGUCCGGUAGAAAUAAAGUGAUCGCAAGCAUCCCAGCUGUAGUGACCAAAGGCGGGGACUCUGACUUAAAACCAGGAUGCUUAUUGGUGCUGGUGUCCUCACUGGAGGUGCGAGACACAAACUGUCAACUCCUUCACCGCUUUGAACGGAAUGAAAUUGACGAAAUCAGGGUGCACAGUCCGUAUGAGAUCACUGUUAAACAGCGGUUUAUUGGGAAGCCAGAUAUAUACUACAGGUUCCUGUCUGCCAAGAUGCCAGAGGCAAUGUCGGUGUUAGAGAUGCAGUACAAAAAGAAAGUGGAGUUCACUAGUGAAUACACUGCUUUCAAAGCAACUCCACUUUCAUCUCCGUGUGACACAGAGGGGCCAAACUGGAAUGAAGGUUUGCUGCAGAAGUGCCAAGACACAGAGCUCCCACUGGAGGUCCCAGCAGGAGUACUGUCCCAGUUGCAUGUCCUCCAGCCAUCUGUCAGUCAGGCUGAGGCCCAGGAACUCAAACAGAUGCUGAUGCAGCUGAAGAACCUUGCCCUGGAGGCUGAGACGGAGCUGGAGCGGCAGGAUGAUGUUCUGGAUGACCUGACCAACUCCACUGACCGAGCCACCAUGGACAUAGAAAAACAUACGUGCCGUGUGAAAAGGCUGCUGUAGCUCUGACAGUCCAGCAGACACAUGAGGUCCCCACGUCCCUCCUAAGAAAUGCACUGCAAGCUUCCUACAUUGGUACAAUGUUGGAACAGAAGUAGGGACUUGAAUAUGCUCAAAAUACUUCAUAGCAUUUUUGUUGCAUAUAAUUACAUAAUCACAUGGGUUCAUGUGUGAGUCAAUGUUCGCUUAAUACUAAAGAUGUUCACCAAAAUCCAUGAAAUUCGCCAUUCAAAUUAUGACUUUCUGCUUUGUGCAAAUAGUAUAUUUCAAUAUUGAAACAAUUCCAACACAUGAGACUGGGAUAAUGAGCCAUCUUCACGAUGGGAUGUGCGUCCUGCAGCACUUAACAAAUGCGGCUAGCAUAGUUAGCAUUACAUUUGGCUUGGAUGCUAUCAGCUGCACAACUGUCAUUAUGAAAACACAAUUGUUUUAGUUUUUAGAGUUUCCAUAUAGAAAAAGAAUUCUUGAUCACCACAUGGUUCAGAUUAUAAAAUAUUGACCAAUAGAUAAAUGGCCGCCCGACUACUCACACUGCACUAGGGUCAUGGUAGUGGUGCUUAUGGAUUGGCUUAGCACUAUCGAAACCAAUCCGCAAUGUUGGUGGUGGGAAGCCGGUGAGGGAUCACAUCGUCAUCGGUGCCCUACUGAUUGGUUGUGGCACAUGAGUCAUUUGGGGGGACUGCUUGCAUCUAAUGCCUGAAAAAAUAAGCUGAUGUAUCAUGUUGUAUCAGAGGAGACGCACUUUACACCUUCCCCGGGCCCAGGGGAAGACGGCAAUGACAACGAAAGUGAAGGGCAAAAUGGACAUUUGAAAAGCAAAAAUAACUAGCCAAUUUAUUCUCUCUGCACAAACAUAUUUUUAACAAUAUGCAUGUUGCUUCCAUUGCAAUAACAGAAUGUGUAAGAGUGAAGGAUAACCCUGAUCUUGUUGGGUGAACAGAUUUCCCAAGUAAAUGAUUUGCAAGUAAUGGACUUUCCAGUGGCAUCACGGUAAUAUCCAUGUUUUUGAUGAUGUACAGCCAUUCUUCCUUUUUAUAACCUUCUCUCUCCUGAAGACUUGUCUUUCUCAGGUCCGUGUCACUUGUCCUCUCCAGACAUUGUCUCCCUGGGCCUAAUGUUGCAUGUCUAAAUAAUGCUGCUUUGUAUUGCAUCAAGAGAAAAUGUCCCAUCAUAACUAAUAUAUAACAGACUGUAAAUGUGCAACUAUUUCUGGGACUUCAAAACAGAAAACACUUCCUUUUUGUUUGUUUUUAAAUAGUGUACACUAAAUACUCCAUAUUAACGUUCACAUCUACUGUAUGUCUUGCUAAAGAUUGAUCCUAUUCUCAUUCUGUAUUAUCUGUGACAGACACAUGUCUUGUAAUUCUGUGAUUUUAUUGUCUUCUGUUAUCACUGUCAACUUGAUAUAAGCUGGAAGUUAAACUUGAAAUGUUUUUAAAAUAAUGAUUUCAGUGCUGUAUAGAUGCUCAUUUUUGCUUAGGAUACUUAAUUUAUCCUGACACUGGAUGGAUAAAGUGGAAACUGCAUCUUAGCUGAAAGCAAACAAAUGAAAAAAGGAAGCAACACAACUGACAUUUUAAGUUUUGGAGUCAUCACCAUUGAAAAUCUGUAAUAGUUUAUAAUUUGCAAUAAAAUAAAGUA